AUGCUUAGGUCUUUUCGUUCUGUGAGGGAAGAGGAAACCAAAUCCAUGAUCAGAUACAUAAAUGAUUCAUCAUCAUCAUCAUCGUCUGUUUUGAAUUUAAGCGAAAUGUUUGUGAGGCUUACUAAUGAUGUGGUGUGUAGAGUGGCUUUAGGGAGGAAGUACAAUGACGGGGAUGGUGGGGAAAGUGGGAGGAUGUUUAAGAAGCUUUUAGGGGAUCUCACUGACUUACUGGGAACUGUUAAUAUUGGGGACUAUAUCCCAUGGCUUUCUUGGUUGAGCCAUAUCAAUGGUUUGGGAGCCAAGUUAGACAAGGUGGCUAAGCAGUUGGAUGACUUUAUAGAUACAGCGGUUCAAGAGCAUAUGAACCAUAGUUCAAAGAGUGGAGAUGAUGACCAAAAGGAUUUUUUGGACGUUUUGCUUGCAAUUCAGAAAGAAAACUUGGCUGGUAUUCCUAUUGAUAAAGACAUGUUCGCUGCUGGCACUGAUACCACAUAUACUGCCUUAGAGUGGGCAAUGACUGAGCUUUUAAGGCAUUUUAGGGUCAUGAACAAAUUGCAGAAUGAGGUAAGGGGAAUAGUCGGAAACAAAAGAGACAUGAUUACAGAGGAUGAUUUGGUUGAAAUGCACUACUUGAAGGCAGUGACGAAGGAGACUCUUCGCUUUCAUCCACCACUUCCACUACUAUUUCCCAGGAUGUCAAUCCGAGAUGUGGAAGUAAAUGGCUACAACAUUAAAGCCAACACACAUGUUUUCAUCAACGCAUGGCAAAUUGGAAGAGAUCCCAAGCUGUAUAACAAACCAGAGGAGUAUGAGCCAGAAAGGUUCUUGAAUAAUGGUAUAGAUUACAAAGGGAAUGACUUUGAAUUGAUUCCAUUUGGAGCUGGUAGGAGGGUCUGCCCAGGAAUUCAGUUUGCCAUGGCUGUUAAUGAAAUUGCCUUAGCAAACAUCGUGCACAAGUUCGAUUGGGCAUUGCCCGAUGAAGCAAGUGGGGAGGAUUUAGACAUGACAGAAACCACUGGUUUAACCGCACAUAAAAAAUAUCCUCUAGUACUGUUGCCAAGAUACUAUAGCACAAUAAGAACUGUCAAAAUAUUAUGUGUCAAUGCAAAUGUUACUGAGAUUGCUUUAGUAAAUAUAGUACAUAAGUUUGAUUGGAAAUUGCCUGGUGGAGCAACCAACAAGGAUUUGGACGUGACUGAAGCUACUGGUUUAACCAUGCAUAGGAAAUAUCCUCUCAAAUCUGUUGUUGUGAGUGUGAAUGCAAAUGUCUUAAACUGGUUUCUUGGGAAAUAUUUUGUGUUUUGGGAAUUUGACUGA